GUCGGUGACAUACCACUGAACCCUCCCCGGUUGAACUGUGUGUGUAUAUAGUUAUAAGAGCUAACCAGCAGCAAACUACCCGCAUAAGGUACAAUACUACGGCCAUACAGGUUUUAUUCCUCUAGCGGCUUUGCAUUUCACUUGCAGCCACUGGUAUAGUCAUACAUAUCACUGUUUACCCGAUUGAUCUCGACACCGCUGUCGAAAGUGCCUUUACUGAUCUCCAUUAUCCAAGACACAGCAUGUCGAUCCUCGAAUAUGCCAAAAAAGGGAACGCAGACGAUCUGGAAAAGUUGCUCCGCGGCGUCCGGACUGACAUAGAUAUUCCGGAUGACGACUAUGGCCAAACACCAAUUUCCUGGGCCUCUGAGUAUGGCUACGCAAAUGUCGUUCAACUUCUAUUACAAAAGGGUGCGCGUGUCGAUAUUAUGGACAAAUGGUCACAAGGGCCAUUACAUUGGGCUGUGUGGCAAGGUCAUUUUGAUAUUGUCAAAUUAUUGCUGGAUAAGAAUAUGGGGAAAACGCCUAAAAUCGACCAACAGAACUCAACGGGCCAAACACCCAUCUCUUUUGCUGCUGAGGCCGGCCAUGAAGAAAUCACUAAAUACCUUCUCGAUAAUGGGGCAAACGUUGAAAUUACGGACGAACUGUCACAAGGACCACUGCAUUGGGCUGCGAAGAAGGGGAAUCCCGAGGUUAUUAAAUUGCUAUUGGGGAACGAAGAAUUCCGGCGAAAUCAUCUCAAUGACCCAGAGUCGAAAUAUGGUCAGACACCCAUAUCUUUGGCCGCCGAGGAGGGCCACAAAGAAGUUGUUAAACUGCUACUAGAAAAAGGGGCAGAUGAAAAUAUUCCAGACAACGAGAAGCGACGCCCCUUGAAUGUGGCAGCUAUGUCUGAUCAUAGUGAUAUCGUUGUCCUAUUACUAGAUCGUAUCGCCGAGGAUACAUACGAGGAUUUAACGCAUCGGUCUCUAUUAUCUUGGGCUGUGGAAUAUCCUAGCCCAAAGCGUGAUAUCGGAAAGCUUCUUGAUCUUCACGGUAUUAAUUUUUUAGACGAUCGCAAGCGGGCCGCAGUGCAUUACGCAGCUCGUGGAGGCUCCAUUACAUCGCUCAAUAUUUUGUUAGAACGCCAAUCGAAAUUUGACGAUAAGGAUGUCUUUGGUUUAACACCUCUCUCGCUUGCUGCGAGGCAGGGUCAUUUGGACUUAGUACAGAAGCUAUGCGAGAAAGUCAGCGAUAUCAAUUCUCGAGACAAUAAUGGGUUCACCCCGCUAAUGCACUCGGCGAGAUUCCGUCACUCUAGUUGUGUGAAAUUUUUGUUAGAGAGAGGUGCUGAGAAGGAGCACAAAGAUAGCAUCUGGGGCAAAUCAGCACUGGCAUUGGCUGCCGAGAACGGACACCUAUUAACUGUCAAAGCGCUUAUAGAGGGGGGUGCCGACCCCUAUUCGAAAGAUUUGGAAGGAAAAACUCCCGUGGCAUAUGCUGUAGGAAGUCUAGAUCCUGGAGUGCUGGAUUCCAUCAUACAACACCAUUAUGAUACAGCUUCAACUACAUCCACAACAAGCGAAUUGCAGGAGCAGGGGAAACGCAUUCGAACUCGUGCAGUCGAAGAAGCUUUUCGUUACUGUUUGUUAUCCGGGUACAGUUGUGAUAUUAUACUAGCUCAUGAGAAUUAUCUCACUGCACGAGAUCUCAACGGGAGAUCCCUGGUGUCCUGGGUUGCAGAGAAAGGAAAUAUAGAAGAGUUUCGGAUACUUUCCAGUCAACAAAUGGAUUGGGAGACGGCUGAUAGUAGUGGUCGCACCCCACUCUCGUGGGCAGCGGCUAGCAAAAGGGAGGGUGCGAAAGAUAUCGUCGAAUUCAUAUUAAACGAGUACGCUCGUGUUGAUACAUACGAUAUCAACCGUAAAACGCCGUUGUUCUGGGCAGCAGAGAACGGCAACAAAAGCAUAGUCGAGGAACUAUUAUAUCGGAACGCCGCAGCUGACCCUCGAGACAGUAACGGUCGAACACCACUCUCAAUAGCUGCAGAAAAGGGACAUUUUGCAGUUGUGAAUAGUUUGCUAAGUCUCGCUUCUGUGGCAUAUAAGCGUACGCAGGAGUCACCCGAGGAAAAAGUACGGAAAACACAGAGGCGUGACGAGAAGGUCCCCGAGAAGGAUCCAAAAGCAUCUAGGUCCCAUGUGGCUUCUGAGGGUUCUAGCAUUGGGGACGGAAAUCGCGUUGAAGUUAAUUCACUUGACGGCCAGUUUCUUACGCCACUUCACUACGCCGCCACAAACAAUCAUGCCCAAGUCGUAGAAGUUUUGUUGGACUAUGGAGCCGAUAUAGAGCUCGGCCCCGGGAUCAGGCCCCUACAGGAACAUCCAGGCAUAAGUACAAUAGUUCUUGAUUUACUUGAAAACAAGCGGAAUGACGGAAGACUCGCGACAAAGCUCUCCGCUGCAAGUGGUGCUGUUGAUGACGAGUUUAAUACACUCAUUGUGCGUUUCCCAGAAGGGAGUGAGAGCGAGUUGCAGUCAAACACGCGGACGGUACGAGACCUCCUCGAGCAUGGAGAUGUUGCUCCGAAGGACUCUUCUCUUUCCUGCAAGUGGCUACAUCUCCCAGCAAACAAUAUGAGAUGGGUUGAGGUACUUAUGGCUAGACAUUAUGGAGAGGCCGGUCCUGGGUAUCAGACGGCUCAUAGAAACGUUCUGAAUAAGAAUUGGACGGGCCAUCAGCACCGUACGCAUAAACCAUGGCCAUAUCAUUCGCGUUUCAUGCGGCCGGAUUGCCAGUUACUACCAUCAUUAUCCAAGAAGGGAGUAAUAUCUACAACGACCAAAAGCAAGUCGACCGAGGCUAGAAAUAUGAAUACCACAUCCUCUAAAGCAUCUAAAAAGGAUCUACCAAAAUUCGAAACCGAGCCGAAAGAGAACAUACUUAAGACCACUAAACUCAACGACGCAUCCCCGUCACGGGGACUCGUGCUGUUUAUGCCAUACUUGCACUGGGAAAGGAGAGAGGAAUUCCAGAAGCUUAAGAAAAUCACGGAUGAAAAAGAGAAAAUAUUGAAGCAAAGGGAGAGGACCAAAACACCUUCUCAAUAUGAAGAGGAUAGUAGGAAAGAAGCGAUCGAAGAGAUUGAAAGGUCUCAAGGCGCAAACGGCACCGAGAAAAUGUAUUGGAUGUACCUGGACGAGCAACAUCCAUUGCAUCCUAGGCGAACGCUUGACCAGUAUUACUACCACACAUUGGAUGAUACCUCUGAGCGAGACAGUGAUCAGACUGCUGCGAGAUACUAUAAGGCGAGGGAAAAGCAAUUCAAGAAUAACGACAUUAAGGAGGUCUUGACGAUGGUGGACCAGCUUUGGAUGUGGGUGCUCCCGCGGUGUGGAAAAGCACCCUGCACCGUCAUCACGGCCUUCCCGCAAAGAAGUAAUAGAAUUACUCGAGGUAGGCCAAAGCGAACCACUGGAUUGAUCGAUAAUAUUCUGUCGACAUGCUCCAAAAUCCCACCAAGACAUGGUCAUGACUUAGCACACGUUAUUGCUGCGGAGUGCGGAAGGAUUUAUCUCGACAGGACAAGUCACCGAGACGACUCGAUCCAAUUUUACGAUAUUUAUUCAACAUCAAUUGCUGACCUCACCCAUAAAGAAACAAAUCAAUUUCGUAGGUUCCAAGACGCAAUCGUGAACUUGAAGGACCAGAAUGAGAAAUUGAGAGAAGCAAGAGGAGCUCCGAGCAAAGAAAGUAGGGAUUCGAAAGGUGAAGAUGCUGAAUUCGAACGACGAAGAGUCUUGGAGGAGUUAGUCGACAUCGAACAAGAUAUAAAGAACCUGAAAGAGAUCAAGGACAUCCAAGACGAGUUGAAUAUAAUGUCAGCCGUCUUCACGACACAAAAGAAUGUCAUCGAAACCAUGCAUCACAUGACGCAGGACGAGGAUAAACACUCCAACCAUGGUGUCAACAACGAGAGUAAGGUCCAUGACAGACUCGGCCAUUCAUCGCCUCUUUCCAUUGUUGAGAACAACAUUCGGGAGGUAAAGAACCUGAUGAACUUCGCACAGAUGACAUCUGAAGCUUUAAAAGAGCUACUGGACCUUAAGAACAAGCAAGCAAAUGUGCUCCAGGAAGAGAUGACAAAUAACAUCAACAACCACAUUCUCAAACUAAACGAGAAAACGGAUAGGCAAGGGACGACAUUGAUGGCAUUCACUCUCAUCACUAUACUUUUUCUUCCGCUCUCAUUUAUGACUAGUUUCUUCGCCUUGAAUAUUGCCGAGUUCCCUCGUUCUGAUGGUGGUUCGAUGCUCUCGCUAUCGUUUGUAUCAAAGUACACAUUCCCAAUAUCCAUAGCGUUCACUAUCGGGUAUGCGACUCUGGCACUCAAUAUAAGGUGGUUGGACGAGCAGUUUUGGAAGAAAGUAAGAGGACGUGAACGACCAAAAGAUGUAGAGAAUCCUUAAAAUAUUGAGAAUUGGAGUAGUACAUAUUUAAGAAUAACAUUGGCGCCUUUUAUCUAAAAAUA